AUGCACUUCUACCAAACAAUAAGAGCCAACUACGGACAGGAAGCAGUUAACCUGAUGAAGAGAUAUGCAAACCUCAGUCAAAAGAUAGCAAAGCAGAAGAACCGAAGAAUUUUCCUGUUAAGAUGCAAGCAUGACAAGUUAACACCGGUAUUUUUAAACAUUAACCUAAAGCAUGUAAAAUUUGUUUGCGCGAAUAACCUGCGUACUUUUAAAGACAAAGUUAUGAACAAGUUUGUAAGUAGUACCCUCAAAUUAUUGAUCACUGAUACAGCGAGUGCUCUGAGAUUUUUGGAAAGGGAAAAAAACAUUGUUUACAACCACUUAGUUGGCAGAAUACCUCAAAUAUAUUUGAAUGAUUUUUUAAAAAUAGUGUUCGGCAAAACUGAAGAUGGUUUUAAUAAAAUUAAGCAAAAUAAUUGUAAAAAAAUUCAUUCUCUAAAACAGUAUCAAAAUAAUAUGGAUACCAUAGUACAAAAUAAGAACUGGGUAGAAAAUUUAACUAAUAUUUAUAUUCCGCGUAACGUGCUUGAGAUCUUUAGUCUUGGUCCAGAUUUUGCCGUCCCUAUCAGCCAACCAAAAGAGAUACCCAUUCCUAACAUCAUCAGCAGUAUUGAGUCAGCUCUUAGAAACUGUUCAACCGACGCACGGAAUGACUAUAGAUCAAAAUGCUGUAAUAUUAUUAGAAACUACAAAAAUAAGCAAAACUGGACUGCUAACCAAACCCAAAAUAUGUUAGUUAAAAAAGUUAAAGAAACCCAACAUUUUCUAAAACAAAACCCUAACAUUAUAACGUUAAAACCUGAUAAGACUAACAAAACAGUCAUAAUGUACACUACCGACUAUGACAAUAAAAUAAAUGAACUUCUAUCAGAUAGGGCCACAUAUAGAGAAUUAAAAAACGAUCCCACAAACAUAUUUCAAAAAAAUAACAACGAUAUAAUAAAUCGAUGGGAAAAAGCUCUCCUAAUCUCGCCGCAAACUGCAAAACACUUAAAAAUUAAUAAUGCUAUCACCCCAAGGAUCUACGGCUUACCAAAACUGCAUAAACAAAAUAUCCCGUUAAGACCUAUUGUCUCUUGCACUCAGUCCCCUUUCGAAAAAUUAUCAAAAUUCUUAAAAAACAUCUUAAAAAACAUAGUGAAUGAUAAUGAAUACUAUAUUAAAGAUUCGUGGCAGUUUAAAGAAAAAAUUAGCAGAAUCAUUCUACCGCAUGACCACAUUUUAGCAUCUCUAGAUGUAGUGUCCCUCUACACAAACAUUCCUAUCGAUUUAGCUAUAGACAUAAUAAAUAAAAAAUGGGACAUGAUCAAACUUCACACAGACAUUCCACUAGACGAGUUCGUGGAAGCCAUAAAAUUAACUCUAAAUUCGACCUAUUUCAUAUAUAAUAAUAAAUAUUACAAGCAGCGCAACUUGUUCUCGAAGACCUAG